CUGCCUGUCUUGCUGGGGCUGCUGUUGUUGUUGUUCUUGUUGAUGUUAUCGUUAGCCAAAAGACCACAAAUUGCUCAGAGCCCCAGAGAGUGGAGCUGGGUUUCAGAUCUCCUGCAAGCUCAAUCUCUCUGUUUUGAACUUUGCUUCUUGCAUUUUGUUUCUUUCAGGGUGUGUGGUGAGUGUGGAAGAUCCAGAAAAGAAGUACACUGGAUGGGAACAUCUUGGCAGUGGGGGCUUUGGAGCUGUUUAUAAGGCCUUCGACACUGCCACAGGACAAGCGGUGGCUGUAAAGGAACUUUAUCUCCAGCACCAGGGCUGUGAGGGAAUAUUAAAAGAAAUCCUGCUCAUGAGAGAAAAUAAGAACGCCAAUAUUGUCAGCUACUUAGAAAGCUACCUUGUGGAUGAGGCUGUCCUGCUGGUGUUGGAAUAUAUGGAUGGAGGCUCCUUAGCUGAUGUGGUCACCGUGAGAAGGAUGGCUGUAGGACACAUAGCAACAGUGUGUCGGGAGUGCCUGCAAGGCCUGGCUUUCCUUCAUGCCAAGCAGGUGAUCCACAGAGACAUCAAAAGUGACAACAUCCUUCUGGGCCGGGACGGCUCCGUCAAGCUGGCUGAUUUUGGCCUCUGUGCUGUGCUCAGCCCUGAGCACAGGAAACGGAGGUCGAUGGUCGGGACCACUUACUGGAUGGCACCCGAGGUCGUGAGAAGAGAGCCUUACGGCCCCAAAGUGGACACCUGGUCCCUUGGCAUUGUGGGAAUAGAAAUGGCCACAGGAGAGGCUCCUUAUAUGCAGGAGACCAGUGACAAGGCCAGCUACCUGAUAGGCAAGCAAGGGGUUCCAAAUCUGCACCAGCUCAGGCUACCCCCUGGCUUGUGUGAAUUUCUGGGCUGCUGCCUGCAGAUGGAUGUGGACAGGCGAGGCUCUGCCAAGGAACUUCUGCAGCAUCCAUUUCUGCAAUCAGCAGAGCCUCUCUUAAGCCUCUUCUGACAGCCUGAUUGCUGCCAUCCCUGCAGCAAGGGAAUGCAGGAAGCAAAGGAAAUGAGAAGGACCACGUCAGCACUGGAGAACAGAGCCUCUGAGAGCACGUAGGAAUCCAGAGAAGAGAGGGGCUAGGAAAGAGGGAGCCAUCAGAGCAGGAAAGGAAGGAGCUGGAAGGGCAGCGUUUGGAGGCACAGUAGCUGCUGGCACCAUGGGCAAACUUCCUGGCAGAGGUAGAGAAGGAGCAGGAGAAAAGGCUGCUUGAGAUGAAGCAGGAAGUUGCCACCAUGCAAGUGACCAAGAAGAGAAAAUCAGCUCCAUCUCAGAACCCCACCAACACCAGUCAAGUGACAUCUCUGGGACCUUCUGAGAGAGACGCUCCAGCAAGACCUGCUCAGAAACGGCCUCUGGCUUCUGAAUUUACCAGUCCUGUGAUGAGGAAGAAGAGGACAAUUGGUCACUGGCCCAGUCAUGUCCAGGCAGCAGCUGGUGGCCACUUUUCUUCCUUCUUUCUGCCUUCCACAUCCCUUUGCUUUUUGGACAUGCUUCCAAGUUUUGGCUCCAUUUCCCCCUGCACUCAUGUGGUGCAAAAACGAGAGAAAUUUCAGAGUUCCAUCAUCCCAGCACCUGCCAGAGUGCAGAGGAGAUCCCCAAUUCAAACAGGAAGAAAAAUGAAUUGGGAAGACUGAAGCAGUUGCAUCCCUUGGAUUUCGAUGAAGGAACAAGAAAAGAUCCUUCCAUUGCCUCCACAUGCUCUGCAACAAGCAACCAAGCAGACUACUUGAG